UCUAAAUUGAUUGGCUCAUGGUAAUCGGCUUUUCGAUUGCCUGUUGCUGCAGUGGGAAAGGACACGUAACAGAGGCGGGGCCUGAGUAGGAUGGAGGAACAAAGGAAAUGGCCGAUUGACAUACAGACCAGCAAGCUCUUGGACUGGCUGGUGGAUAGGCGACAUUGCAAGCUGAAGUGGCAGAACUCGGCACUGGUGAUUCGUGAGAAAAUAAACAACGCGAUCCAGGAUAUGCCAGAGAAUGAGGAGAUCAAACAGCUGCUGUCAGGAUCAUAUAUCCAUUAUUUCCAUUGCUUGAGAAUUGUAGAGAUCCUCAGAAGGACUGAAGCUUCCACAAAGAAUAUUUUUGGUGGAUAUUCCUCUCAGCGAAUGAAGGACUGGCAGGAAGUUGUGUGUCUAUAUGAAAAAGACAACAUCUAUCUAGCUGAACUCUCCAGUUUACUGGUGCGCAAUGUGAACUAUGAAAUCCCAUCACUGAAGAAGCAGAUCAGUAAGUGUCAACAGCUGCAGCAGGAGUACAGCCGCAAGGAGCUGGAUUAUAUCAACAAUGCAGCUGCCUUACGGGAGAAGUUUUUCAUCUCCUGCAAGCAGUUUGGAAUAAUGGGCAAUGAUGUCCGACAAGAGCUGCUAUCCCUGUGCAAUGACCUCCCAUCUGGCCUUGAUGGUAUCGCUGAGGGAACCAGGAAUCUUACAAAUGCUCUUGAACUGUAUGAAGCCUGUGUGGCGUUUGUGUGUGGCAGUGUCUCCGAGCCCAUUGCUCCGUUGCUGAAACAUGUUCAACUCAAAGGAAACACAACUGUCUAUGAGUGGAGAACUGGACAGACGCCAUUGGCCAUUGAGCGGCCAGUUAGCAUGGAGAAUGUGGAGACACAGCAACCAACAGAGCCUGCAAACACAAUUGACUGGGGGGAUGAUACCAUGGCUGGAAUAGACCAGUCAGGUGGCAUUGACUGGGGAAUCACGGUGGGAGAAAGUACCGAGAUGAACGGCGAGGAACAAGGAGCUGAUGUGAUCGACUGGGGAGAAAACGCAAGUGCUACAGUGGAAAUCGAUGUGAUGGAAUCUGAGGCUGAAGGUGAUGAUGGAGUGGCAAAGGGGAAUGAUGCUCUGACAAUCCUGGAAAAUACAGAAACCAGAAACCAGUUUGUUAAUGAACUCAUGGAGUUACAGACCUUCCUGAGCCAGCGACUCACCGAGAUGAACGAGGAGGCAGACAUCCUCUCCAUCAACCAAUUUCAAACAGCUCCGGCCAUUGUCCAGAGUCAGGACGUAGCUAAGGUUGUUGCCAUGAUGACUGUUGUGAGGGACCUCGUCCAGAGACUGACCAACGUGAAGAUGAGGCAUCUGUUCAUGAUCCACGCCUCUCCCAGAUACAUAGACCGUGUGACAGAGCUCCUGCAACAGAAGCUGAAACAAGCAGACGCAGUGGGAGAAAAGCAGCACCUGAUGGUCAAAAAGCAACAGCAGUCUCUGGAGGAACAGGCUGCCCUCGAACCCAAACUAGACCUUCUAAUCCAGAGAACCAAAGAGCUUCGGAAGCUGAUCGAGGCUGAUAUUUCCAAACGGUAUCAGAACCGCCGCGUAAAUCUGAUGGGGGUCAUCGUCUAACUAGCUGCGCAGCGCCCUGGCACAGCUCGCCCUCCAGCACACACCGAAUUAUUUGGUACUUGCUUGCGGACUUGCUGCUCACACCAAAGAUGAUGAUGAUUCUACCAGGGGUUUAACAGGAACAGAAUGAAAUGGAGACUCAAAUCUCAAAUACAUUUUAGGAGCUCUGAGAGUUUUGAGAUUUGAAUUUGCUCCAUAACCACCGCCCCCCCCCCCCCACCAAAUCUGUGCAGACCUGGCAAAACCCUCUGAAUUUGCAGGUGGCAGGUGUACCGGGGGGGGGAGGAUUUAUAUUUGUUAACAUUUGUAACUAAAUAAAUUGUAUUUUCUACCCGUGAGAAGGAACUGCUUAACCAAGUGAGUAAAGCUGCAGCUCCCAUCAACUAUCGUUGGUUAAUAAUUAACUCAGACUGUGGUGGUCAGGACUCAACUCGUGUUUAAAAAAAAUAAACCCGGUCAGGACACAGCUGGAUUCCUCACUCCCCAGUUAAGUAAGAACGUGAAGCUGUGGUGUUCAUAUCAGUAUACGCAGUCAGCAUACAUGGAUUUUACUCUGACAUCGCACGCAGGCAAACACCCACACACACAUGCAAAUGUCCACGCUCGCAGAAACUUGCAUGCAAAAACAUUUGCAGACUGACAUACUCCGAUAUGCACGAGCAUUCUUACACGUUCAGAGACACGUGCGUGGUAGAGCUGCUUGUUGUUCUGUACCCCUGCCUCUCACAGGCAAAAAUCACUGAUUAUUAAACCCAACAAUAAAAUAGUAUUUAAAUUGUGCCAAUUC